AUGUCUUUUAAACAAAGUCGUUGGUAUUAUCCAUUAAAAUUGACGAAACGAGUAACUUCAUUUCGUCAUCAACUUAUUAUUGAAGAAUAUCAACCAAAAACAUUAACACGAUAUAAUCAAGAACGUCGGCAAUUCUUAGCAACUUUUCCUAUGACAACAUUAAAUGAAUCUUCUGAUCACGCAUCACUUCUACUUGCUAAUGUAUCAGGUAAUCAAUUAUCAACGAUUGAAUCAACACAACGAUCAUCUGGUAUUUAUCUUCAUCCAUUAAAUAUGUCAUUAGAAUCGAAAACAAUUUCCUCCUAUAUACAUGAUAGAGUAGAACAAUUAUUUGGAAAAAUAAGUCGUUUGUAUCAAAUUGAUAUAGCUAUUCUCAAUUAUAAUUUAUCACGUCUUAUUAAUAUAAUACAAGUUUUUAUAUCCAAUUAUCGUUUGUAUGAACGGUCCAUGGUUUUAUUUGAUCAUCAUUUUCAAUUGUCACAUCAUGAUCAAUAUGUAAGAAUGUUAAAUGAACAAGAAUUAUUAAUUCUAUUGGAAUUUUUUCUUCAAAUCGAUGUUGAUAUAUUUUAUAUGAAAGUUUGUACUUUUCAUGCCAUCGUCAAUGGUGACAAAGUUCAUCAUCAUCAUCCUAGUCAUCAUCCUAAUCAAACUCAAUUUUUUUCCAAUGAAGAAAUUUUCUAUACAAAAUAUGAUUUUAAUCCAUGUCGAUGUCCUCAUUGUAUCUUAUGUUCAUCAAUUGAUAAAUCAACAUCAGAUACAUAUUCGAAUUUAUCAAAUGUAGUACUUUUUUCAAAUGGAAAUGGUCAUCAAUAUCAAUUUCUUAAUAAUUAUUUAGCUAUUUUAAAUCAAUCUGCUAAUUGUAAAACAGAAAAUAUUGUCUAUGUAUUAAAAUGUAUGUGUGGUGAAUAUGAAUAUAUUGGUUCAACUCGAUAUACAUUACAUGAUGUUUUACAAUAUCAUCGACAACAUAUAAAUCGUCUUAUCAUCGAACAUUUAUUAUUUAGUCAUCCAAUUCAUAAUCUCUGCACAUGUUCGAAAACUCAAGUCGACAAACAACGUGCAAAUCAAAUGCGUUUAUAUCAACAUUUCGCACGUUGUCCUGUAGCAUUAAAACUUUUUCUUCAAUAUAAUUCGAAUUAUUGGUGUUUUGUACCAAUGAAAAUAGAGGAAAGUCAUUUUGAUGAUUUAUCUUAUCAAACAAUGACAACAACAACAACAACAACAACAACAACAACUUCAUUAAACACAACCACUAUGUCAUCCAGUCAUCAACAUCAAAAUAACAAAUCAUCAUUGGAGCAUGACAAAAGAAUAGAAAACUUUCUAUUCAAUGUACCACAAUUGCCUCUUGGUUAUUCAUUUUCUAAACGACAAAAGGAUGAGCAAUAUGAAUUUUUUCGAAAGAUGAAUUUAGAAACAUAUACAUCUUGUUCAAAUUUAGAUUAUUAUCAUAUAACAAUAAUUGCUGUCUUACCCGAUCAUACGUCUAGUAUGGUUCGGCAAAUGAUUGAAAUUUUAUUAGCUACACAUGCUGAAACAAAACUUAAUUCGAUAAAUUUACUUACUCAUGAUAUGCAACAAUUGUAUAAUUUACCUUAUGAUACUACACGAAUAUGGUGUGAAAACUUGCAAAAAAACUCAUGA